AUGGAGAGGCUUGCAAAGCUAUACAUCGAGAGGGUUGUUUAUUUGCAUGGUAUUCCGUCGAGUAUUGUUUCGGAUAGAGAUCUGAGGUAUGGUGCUAAGCCUAAUGAGCCGGUUAACGAUGUUAAAACCAUUACCGUUGCGGUGGAUGUUCGGCCACAAUUAACAAAUGAUAUGACUUUCGCGUGUCGUGAACAUUUGCUAGAUUGGGUCCGAAAUGAAGCUAGUAAACUUGGAACUGGCAUUGUGAUAUUAAGGUCCGACAAUGGAAGUAGUAGAAGGAAAGAUUUUGUUGUGUUGAAUUGCGAGAGGGGUGGGAAGUAUGUACGAACAAACCGGGUGUUAAAAUACGAUGACACGGGAUCGAGAAAGUGCGCGUGUCUGUUUAAGUUGCAUGCAACUCGUAGGAUUGAUGGAAUGUGGCAUUUUAGCGUCAUAUGUGGAGUUCAUAAUCAUGCAUUAGAUACUAAUCUACAUGGGCAUCCAAGUGCGUGUCGGUUGUCUAGUGAAGAGAAGGAUGUUAUUUCAAAAUUAUGGACAAUCAAAGUUGCGCCGAGAAACAUACUUGCGAAUUUGAAGCGAAAAACACCAGAUAGUGUUUCAAAUAUCAAGCAAGAUUCCGCUUCUAGAAAUUGUUGGUGGGUUUUGGGAAUAUGUAAGAAUUUGUUGGUUGAUCAAAAGAAUAUGCCUAGUGUCAUCAUUACCGACCGAGAUAAUUCUAUGGUGAAUACGGUUGGUAGCAUCUUCUCGGCAUCAACCGCAUUACUUUAUCGGUAUCAAAUAACAUGCAAUGUGAGAACUAAGCUGAAACUCCCGAUUGGCACGAAAGACAGAAAGGAUGACAACGAAAAUAUCAUCAAAGCCGGUGUUAUGGUGGACAAGAUAAUGGCCGCAUGGAGGGAGAUUUUAGAUGCGCGUUCUGAAGAACUGUAUAUCGAGAAAAUGGUACAAUUCCGGACAUUGUGUGUCGGAUUGAACACUUUUUGUCAUUACGUCGAAACUACUAUCCUUGAAAAAUUAAAAGAAAAAUUUGUUUGUUUUUGGACGAACCGAGUUAGAUAUCUUGGUUGCACUACAACUAACCGAGCUGAAUCAGCACAUGCGGCGUUGAAGAAAUGGUUGGGUGAUAUAAAGGGGGAUUUGUGUAGGGGAUGGGACACCUUGAUGUCGGCACCAACAAUAAUUGUGGGUAUCAAGCCUUUGCCGGUUUUCUUAGAAGAGGAGAAGAAAAUCACACUCUUAUUCGACAGGAACUUAUUUCGGAGUUGA